AUAUUUCUCCCCAUCUCACCAGAGGAGACCGGUCGUCCUGUCCUCUCCUCUCCUCCCCGGACAUGUGGUGCACUGGGCGGCAGCAGCAGUUGUAGAAGCAGCAGCUCUGUGGUGGAGGAGGUGGUGGUGGUGGUGGUGGUGCAGCCUCGGCGCGUCCUCCGGGUGCCUCCUUUUGUCUUUUAACUCCUCUUCUGUGUCCGUCGGUAAUGAGCUUGCUGGGGGCCUACAAGAAAAAGACCAGUUACGAUGGCUAUGAAUCUUUGCAGUUGGUCGAUAGCGGCGGGGAGAGCUUCAGUGUCGGCAGCGGCGCAGGAGGAGGAGGGGAGGGAGGAGGAGGAGGAGGAGGAGGAGGCGGCAGCGGCUUACUCGGAGGCUCCAUAGCAGCCACACUUGGACCGAAGGCGGGCCCGCUGAGAGAGGAGGACUGCAGCACCAUGGACAGCUCAGAUAUGGACGCCAAUUCUGGCGGCGGACUGCUGGACAUGGUGAAGGGAGGAGCGGGGAAGUUCUUCAGCAACUUCAAGGACAACCUGAAGGACACGCUGAAGGACACCUCCACCAAGGUCAUGCAUCAGGUUGCCACGUACACUAAAGGGGAGCUGGACAUUGCCUACAUCACAUCACGCAUCAUAGUAAUGACAUAUCCAGCGGAGUCCGUACAGAUCGGCUAUCAGAACCACGUGGAGGACAUCCGCUCCUUCCUCGACAGUCGCCACGCCGACCACUACACUGUUUUCAACCUAUCGCAGCGCAACUACCGCGGCGCCAAAUUCUCCAACAGGGUCUCCGAGUGUAAUUGGCCGUCCCGCCAGGCUCCCAGCCUCCACAACCUGUUUGCUGUGUGUAAGAACAUGCACAACUGGCUCAAGCAGAAUCCCAAGAAUGUGUGUGUCAUCACCUGCUCGGAUGGUCGCGCUCUUUCGGGCGUUCUGGUCUGUGCCAUGUUCUGCUUCUGCCACCUCUUCAACAACCCGGUUCCCGCCAUGCAGCUGCUCAGCGCCAAGAGACCAGGAUCGGGCCUCUGGCCUUCGCACCGCAGGUACAUCGGUUAUGUGUGUAGCAUGGUGUCAGAGAAGCCCAGUCUGCCUCACUCCAAGCCGCUGGUGAUCAAGGCCCUCACCAUGAGUCCGGUCCCCUGCUUCAACAAGCAGCGCAGCGGCUGUCGGCCCUUCUGUGACGUCCUCAUCGGAGAGACGAAGAUCUUCACCACCUCACAGGAGUAUGAGAGGAUGAGAGAGCACAGGGUCCAAGAAGGGAAGGUGGUGUUCCCUCUGGGCGUCAGUGUGCAAGGAGACGUCGUGGUUUCUAUCUACCACAUGAGGUCGACCAUUGGAGGACGUCUACAGGCCAAGGUGUCCAACACCCAAAUCUUCCAGAUCCAGUUCCACACUGGCUUCAUCGCUCCUGGAACCACCGUGUUACAGUUUAACAAACCCGACCUGGAUGCAUGUGACUCUCCAGAGAAGUAUCCCCAGCUGUUCCAUGUGAUCCUGGAUGUGGAGGUUGAGGGGGUGGACAAGCAAAAAGACCUGACGCCCCCGUGGGAGCAGUUCCCCUGUAAAGACCUGAGCCCCAGCGUGCUUUUCUCCUGCCACCAGGAACACCAGGACGCGCUGGCUAUCGCUGAGCCGAGCCGGCCCCCCGGGGGUCCAGAGGGUCGGGGCCACGGUGAGGAAAGUGAGCCCUCUGACGACGAGAUGCUGUCUCUCUCCAGCCAGCGCAGCAAUGCCAGCGCGGCCCCCCCGAGACCUGACCCCCCUGCCCAUGCGUCUGCAGCUCCUGCAAGUGAAGAAGUGGAUCUCCUCGGCCUGGACGGGGAGGAGAUGAACCGGCCGGCCUGCCCUUCGUCUCAGCCCCCGUCUGCCGCAGCCACCGACCUUCUAGGAGACUUGUUCGGGAGCCCGCCUCAGCCAAGCAGUGGGGCUUCAUCCGCCCAGUCCACUCCGCAUAAAGUCGUCCCCAACACUGCCUCGCCAUGUCACUCUCCUGCACCACCAGCGUUCGAUCCCUUUGGGGCCGGUCCGAUGCCCAAGCCUCAGGACGUGAUGGGCUCGUUCCUCGGACCAGGUAACGUGGGGCAGCCAGACCCCUUCCUGCAUGCUGCUCGCUCUCCGUCUCCCACCCUGCAGCCCACAGGCCUGGGUCGGAGUUCCCCCGUUCCGCCCGCCAACCCGACCGUCAACAUUCAGCAGCAAAACGCCAAGGGAGGAUGGGACUGGAACCGACCGGCCACAACCACAGGAGGAGGCUUCAGUGUGGGCAGCCACUCAGCUACCACCAGCCCCACAGGCUCACUGAACAACACCCCCACCCACCAAACAAAGCCAAGCACCCUGGACCCGUUCGCUGACAUAGGCAACCUCGGGGGAAGCCUCGGAGGAGGUUCUGGCUUCUCCAGCAAACCCACCACCCCUACUGGAACGACCCCCUCUUUCCCACCCAUGGGCUCCCCAUCACGGCCUCCUCCGUCUCCCCAGCACGCGGGAGGGUGGCAGGCUCACGCAGGAGCCGGCUUCCCCUCUUGGCAGCCGGGUGCUGCAGGCGGCGGAGGGUGGCCAGCUCAAGGACAGGGGCCCACCCCGCAGCCAAAGCCCAGCCCCAGCCACACCCCCAUGCCUCACACGUCGCCUCAGAACCGACCCAACUACAACGUCAGCUUCUCUCCAAUGGGAGGAGGCUCGCCCAGUGCGGCGGUUAAAACCCAGGCGGCCAUGGGCUCCAAGCCCAAGGCCUCACACGCCAACUUUGACGACCUUCUGUCUGGUCAAGGCUUCGCAGGGGCCAAAGAGAAGAAAGGGCCCAGGACCAUUGCAGAGAUGAGGAAGGAGGAGAUGGCCAAAGAGAUGGACCCGGAGAAAAUAAAGAUUCUGGACUGGAUCGAGGGGAAGGAGCGCAACAUCCGUGCCCUUCUGUCCACCAUGCACACCGUGCUGUGGGAGGGGGAGACGCGCUGGAAGCCCAUGGGCAUGGCCGACCUGGUCACUCCGGAGCAGGUGAAGAAGGUCUACCGCAAAGCAGUGCUGGUCGUCCACCCAGACAAGGCAACAGGACAACCGUACGAACAAUACGCCAAGAUGAUUUUCAUGGAACUAAAUGACGCCUGGUCAGAAUUUGACAGCCAAGGACAAAAACCUCUCUACUGAGUAAACAGAGGAGGGUAAAUGAUCGAGAAGGAGGAGGAUUCAUCUCAUCCUUAAAAAAUAAGUCAACAUACGACAGCCACACCCUGAAACAUCUGCCUUUAUACCCGUGCUUUGACCCGUACUUCUGUUCUUACCACACAAACUGCAGAGGAGCCAAGUGGAUCUGCAAAGAUUACAGAGCCAACAGUGCUCCGACCAGCGGUGCAACUGGACAAAUGACCACCCCCCCCUCCCCGCCCUGUAGCUCUUAUGUCCCUACCUACUGUUUGUAUGUGGUGCAACAGUGUCCUUCCUCAGUGUCCAGUGUCCUUAGCCCAGAACCAAACCACCGAUCAAAGCAGAGUCACCGGGACAGCUUGUAAAAACACAGCAAUGUCUGAUUCUGAGGAGACGGAGAUGAAAACAAAGAUGAAGGACACGCUAGAUAAGAGCAAAACUCAUCAAGGACUGAACUGAACAAGCAUUUCACAGACCAGGGCAACUGUAAGCAACAACAGGCAUUUACCCCCUUUUUUUCCGUUUGUGUGACAGUUGGAACCAUGAUCAGUUCUGUUGAAUCAAGUCCAGUCUCCCAUGAAACUGAAUGUUCCUACAAAUGAGACAGAGAGAAGCAGCAUCAAGUUACUGUUCACUUAUAACGGACAGAAGUGAAGCCAAAUGUGUUUUCCAUCCGAAAUAAGGUGUUUGGAGGAAGGAAAUAACAAAUAAUCUUUAAUGUAUGAAGCGUUACGGGCGUGAGAAGGAAUUAAAGCAACGGGAUAAUUAAAACAUUAUUAACACUAAAUAAAAUAAAACGUGCUUUUUCUUAACAGUAAGACAGAAAGCUGCAGACAUUUCAGUUCCGGGAGAGCCGCUCGUCACGGCGGCGUCUGAUGUAAUCAAGCCUCGCGUGUUUCUGUAUUUGCAGGGAAGUGGGGAUUGUACGUUUUAGGAUGAGCACAUGUACAGUUCCACACGUGAAACACCUCGAGGCCUCGUGCAUAUACUCGCUCGUACGGUAACGCAUUUCUGCAAAAGGGAGCUCGGCGAAAGCACAAACUGACGAAGGGGAAGCCAGUGUUAUUUAUUUAUUAGCUCGUUCUGUUCAUCUUCAUGUCGUUGUUGUCGGUCCGAGGAAGAAUUCAGGAUUUCGGGGCCGUUUAAGUUGAAGUCACACUGGUAACCGAUCGACUACAUAACAGGUUUUGCGUUUAUAGUCUUUUAAUGUCUGCAAUAUCUCCCCCAAUUUACAGAGAUGACGCUAAUGUGCGUAAAAACACUACAACACUUUCUGUCGCCCCCACAAACUCAACACAAAAUACCUGUAGGUUAAUUCUCUCACUGGAUCAUGUGUAAAUUGUGUUGACUAACUAUGACUGACUAUGAGGUAUUCUUUUAUUUAUUUUUGUUUGGAUAUGAGAGACAUUUCUGUCGCAGCACUGGCACUUAAUAAUACAGACAUCAUUUCAUAUCAGCCGUCAGUAAGAGCACAAUUAUCAGCGUCUUUCUGUGUAACUUAAUUCUCUGUGUGAUGGUGUCAUCCUGUCUUUCUGUCCAUGUUGUAGGGAAACUUACCCGUGACUGGAUUGGUGCCAUUUUACAAACAUGCAAAAAACAAAAAGGUGUAUUUAUUUAUUAGCAAUGGAGCAAUUGUAAUUUAAUUUUGUUUAGGGUUUGAGGUAUUUACAGGAAUCUUAACAUCCACAUUCAUCAUUGUGUUAAUGAUGGAGCUUUACUGUGAAAUCCAGCUGUUUGAUUCUGACCUUUGACCCUUGUUAUACAUUAAAGUUUAACGGUUCAGUGUGUAACUUCAUAUUUACAUCUGGAGCGGGUCCUCUCUACGGAGGCUGCCAUGUUUUUUACAGUAGCCUAAACUGGACAAACUAAACAUAAUUUGAGUUUUUAUGACAACUGAAGGCUUCCACAGUUUCUCUUACAUGCUGGGAAGGGGGAGGGGGAGGGGGAGUUGAGGGGUAUUCAGCUGCAACAUGCAACGUCACCACUAGAUGUCACUUAAUUCCACACACUGAACCUUUAAAAUCCAUCCAUUUUAACACAUUCAAAUCAUGAACCUUUUAAUUGCUCAGAUGUCACACUCUGUCUUUAUCUGAAGGAUGUUUUUCUGAUUGUCUUUCGUUCAUCAUCACGCAUUUUCUCUUUUACUGGAGUUUGUUCUUCCCCAGUUUGUUCAUCUGCUUCCAGGAUGUUGACUGAAUACGAGAGUUUGCCAUGAAGCACUGUUUCCUCAACUGGACCCAGACUGGGUUAAAUAAACGGAGGAAAUAUUUUGUCUUGACUGACUAAAAAAAGGACACUGGGUCUCGGGUUGGAAACACUAAACUCUGACCUCCAGGCUCCUGCUUCCUUCGGUGACUCACCAGACACAGGGAGUGUGUAGGAUGUGCUACUGUGCUCUGUUCACACCGAGGACCUACAUGUGAAAUAACCCUCGUACGCUCCCUCGCCGAACCGACUUCUCCACCUGCAGAAUCUUACGGAUAUGUUUAAAAAGGCUAACCUCUGUGUCGUAGUCGAUGAAUGUGUGUCGUGUGAAGUUGUGGUACGUAUGAAAGUGAUCAGGUUUGGAUACAGACGACUGUAGGUCACGUGUUUUGCCUGUCUGAUGUUCAAGUAUUACUAAAUUAUGUAAAAAAAAUUGAAAAAAAAGAUUCUGUACAUGUGUUCUGUUUACGGUUACAGGAUGUACAUAAUGAUCAAGUGCAGUGCACAGGAAUAAAUAGUAAACAGGAAAACGA